CCAAGCACACAGUAGAUCUACGGUGGGAGAAAUGUCAAAGACAAAGUGAGGAUAAUCCAAUUUUGUCGAUCACGAUAAUUACUCACCUGAAAUGUACUUCGUAUAACUUGGAGCGUUACCGCUCUCGAAGCAGAGAGAAUGACAAAGUUUGUUUCAAAAGAUUUGCUGCAGACGUUCAUCGCAGAUGUGUUGCGAGCGUUGGGUGUGGACGAAUGGCAGGUGGAAACGGUGAGCGAUUCACUAGUAUCGGCUAGUUUGCGAGGAGUAGAUUCUCAUGGAAUACGCCUGCUCACCCCGUACGUAGCCAGUAUCAAAGGUGGUCGUACAAAUGCGCAGGCAACCAUCACACAUCGCAAGACCUUUCCCAGCAUGUGUGUGGUUGAUGCUGAUCAUGCGGUCGGCGCAGCGGCGGGCUACUAUGCCAUCGACAGGUGCAUGGAGAUAGCAAAGGAGCUUGGAAUGGCAAUGGCCAUGGUUCAGAAUAGCACACACCCGGGCUGUAUGGCUUGCAUGCCUCUGCGUGCUGCGAAGCAAGGAUUCAUGGCAAUGGCGUUCACCAACACUGGCCCAAAGCUACAGGCAUUUGGUGGAAAGGGUUCAUUUUUCGGCACGAAUCCGGUGGCGUUUGCCGCUCCUCGUGUUGAGGAAGAUCCACUGUGCCUGGACAUGGCUACAAGUACCAUUCCUUGGAACAAGGUUGAGCAAGCGCGGGCUGGCAGCGGUAGUACACUACCACCAGGGACGUGCGCUGAUGCCGAUGGGCAAGAGACUACCAACCCCGACCUUGUCCGGACCCUUGUACCUGUCGGUGGCUACAAGGGACACGGGCUAGCAGCCAUGGUGGAGGUCAUGUGUUGUUCUGCGACAGGAAUGGCAUUUGGCCAUAACACUGUGCAGAUGUAUGGACCACAUGUGGACCAGACUCAGAAGCGCUGCAUUGGCCAAUGUUAUCUUGUGAUGAGAUGUGACGGUGCGGUGUCAGAGGAAGAGUUCCGCAAAAGUCUCCAGGAGAUGACCGAGGAUGUUAGAAAGGAGCCGCCAAUGGCUGGUGUUUCGAGCGUGAUGAUGCCUGGUGAUCCUGAGAUUGCCACUGCCUGCCACCGGCGCAAGCAUGGUAUACCUUUGAACAGCGUGGAGUGGGCUGAUUUCACACGAUUUGCAAAAGAGCUCAACCUUGAUCUGCCCACGGUGUUGAAUACCUCGCUUAUCCGGUCCUCUUUUAUCCGGAUCCCCCGCCAUCCGGAAGAAAACAGCUGGUUACAGAUUCACAGCAUACGUGAUGCAUCCAACAUAGCCGGUGUUUGGUUAUCCGGUUCCCUCGCCCAUCCGGAUACUUUUGUGCCAAUUGUGGGAAACGGAUGUGUGCGGUUAUGCGAGGUCUGACUGUAUUAUCGAAAUUUGAUAUUUAAAUCUCUCUGCCAAUGAUGGACCUAUUGUAGCUUCCUUGACUUGCUCCUGCUUAGAAUGUGGAGAGUACGAGUAUAUUCUGUGUGUGUGUGAGGUACAUGACCUCUUCCUCACCGGAAAUUAAGUGUAUGUAAUUGCGGAUUGGACAAGAAAAGAGAUUGCAUCGUUUGAA